CAUGCCUAAAAGUAUUUGAUGAUUGUAAGGAUUGUUGACGCCACCUAUUCAUUGUAAUGGCUUCAGAAUCAUCUGAUCAAAAAACAAGUUGUUAACUUUGUAAAGCCAACCGCUAUUUUAAAUCCCCAUGCUGCUCUUUUAAUCUUGCAAACAGUAUACUUUAAAAAGUGUUUGAUAUGCACUGAUAUUAAUCAUUAUGCACCCAUAACCUUGUAAACUCUGUAAAAGACUAAUGAAACAUUGUAAAUUAGGGUUUUGUAAAAAGAAAAUGCCUGAUUGAAGACUCUUUUGUGCCUUACAAAGCCUUUAUUGUACAUUGACUUUAUAUACAUUUUGUGAUCUGAAAACGGUUUCAAUCGGUGUCAUCCUGACAUAGGUCAAUCAGACAUAGGUGUCGCUGUGUAUUUGUUGCUUUGUGCUCUCCACAGCGCUGAAGGUAAGUGUUUUCAGGUCCUCGUCCCUGCAGAAGGACUGAUUCUGAACCCAGAUCCAGACUUUACCUCACAAUCAAAUGGAAAGUAUAUUUUUGUGUAUGUAUUUGUAGUAUUUGACAAAGUAUAUUUUCACUAAAUAUUCAUCUUUGGCUACUUUAAAACCAACAGUAACAAUUGAUUUGAAAAAAAGCCAUGUGAAACUUGACAAAGGUGUUCCGAACCUUUAAAGGUACCUGGUGAUGGCAGUUAAAGUGUUUUACCUGUAAAUAUAAUCGAUCAGCAUGGCAAUGCAAACUUGCACUUUAACACGUAGGGUAUGAAACGUUGAGUCUCUAUGAUCAGAUAUUAUUGUAACUUGGGUUUUUUCUAUGAUUUGGGUAACUUUUAGAUUAUUUCCAGGGAGGACUGUUAUAAUGCUGCUAGUAAUGAUUUGUUCCAUUUACAGUUUCCCUGACAGGGAGAGACAGCUUGUAGCCAAAAGUUAUCAAAUGGCCAUUAGUAAAAUAAAUAAAAGAUUUGUAAAUGCAGUUUGGUUUCUUGGCUUUCCUUCGUGCACGAUUAAUCUAAUUGGUAUUCAGAGAAGGCUGCAGUCAGGAAGGGCUAUCAUCAAUUACUUCUAGGCAGUCUAUGGAAAUACAAAUGAUUUCUGCACAUUAUCUACAUUCUACAAUAACCUCGGUUUCUAAAUCCACCCCCGCCCCCAAAUAGAUAGAGGUUCAAUACACAAAUUAUGGAAAUAAAAUGUUUUUUAGAGGCAAGGACUUUUUUGUAUGUAACUUACUACGAGAUACUUUCACUAAGGGACGUUCACUGAUACAUUUUUAUUUUAGGUAUAAGUAUUGAGGUUAAAGAGGGUUUACUUUAUAUCACCAUUUUCAAGGACAUCAUGCUAUGAAUAUAUGCGAUUCAAUUAUCAAUAAAAAUAACAUUCUUGAAAUUAUAUAUACAUAUACAAAUAAAUGCAACGUUAUUGUGCCCGGAACCUUCUGGUAGCCGUGUCUCACUCCUGCCGUGCAAGUUAGCAUGUUGCACUUCCGGUGCUUGUUUGGCUGGUAGUUUAAAAUUACAAACGCUGGCUAUAUGAAACACACUUUUAAUGCUUAAAUGGCAGCUAUACUACAUGUGGAUACCCGCCUAGGAACAAGAAGAGUCCUGUAGAGUGAACACAGAGUUGAACUUCUCUCUCUAUCGUACUAUGUUCAAAAAGAUGACUGAAUUUGGUCCAGAUUCCGGGGGGAGAGUGAAGGGAGUAACCAUCAUUAAGCCCAUUGUGUUCGGGAACGUUGCCCGUUACUUCGGGAAGAAGAGAGAGGAGGACGGACACACACAUCAGUGGUCUGUCUAUGUGAAGCCUUACAGAAACGAGGAUAUGUCUGCGUAUGUGAAGAAGAUCCAGUUCAAGCUUCAUGAGAGCUAUGGUAACCCACUGAGAGUGGUGACGAAGCCUCCGUAUGAGAUCACAGAGACGGGCUGGGGGGAGUUUGAGAUCAUCGUCAAGAUCUUCUUCAUUGACCCCAAUGAGAGACCUGUGACUCUGUACCAUCUGUUGAAGCUCUUCCAGUCAGACACCAGCGCCAUACCGAAGAAGACGGUUGUCUCUGAAUUCUAUGAUGAAAUGAUCUUCCAGGAUCCUACAGCCAUGAUGCAGCAGCUACUGACCACAUCGAGACAACUCACACUGGGAGCAUACAAGCACGAGACAGAAUUCAGUGAGCUGGAGCAGAGGACCAAGGAGAAAAUGGACGCGGCAAAGAGGAGAACCAGCCUGGAGAUCACUGAGCUGAAGGACAAACUAAAAGCCAGCAGAGAGAACAUCAACAGCCUGAAGGCAGAGAUCAGGAAGCUGGAGGAGGACGGAGACCACAAGGACCACUGAGGAACGGACAUAAUGAUUCAAAACAUUGCUGUGACAUAUUUUAUGAUCACACAUUUUGUGUUUUAAUCGUUUUUCUUUACAUGGACCCUCAGAGAAAACAUUACAAUAAUUUUUACAUAACAUAGUUUUAGUAUAUCACUGAAACAAGGAUUUUGGGAUUGUUUCUUUAUAAACUUGUCAUUGUUGUCUUUUUACCCACACAUUGCUUGAACCGCUGAUCCAACAUUAAUCCUGUCCACUCAUGUCCAUGUUAUUGGUACCUGAUAAGAGGACAACAGCAAAAGUCAUUUUAGCAUCCCCACAUCCAUACCUACCUGAAGAGAUGUCCACUUUUGUGUCGGAAUGUAAAAAGUGUAAUAAUUUGGUAAUUUUUACUGAUCUUUUGAUUUUUCUAUAAAAAGCAAUUGUGUUUACAAGA